CACACAAACACACACAACAUAUGGAGCUUCCAUUCCAACUUCUUCUUCAUGUCCUCUUUGUACUAAGCUUUAUCUUCUCCAUUUUCAUGGGAUCAUGUGGUUUUGUGUCCUUAGAAAAUAAUUUAAGUUCAUCCCUAUUUCCACGUAACUUCCUCUUUGGAACUGCAUCUUCUUCCUAUCAGUUUGAAGGAGCAUUCUUGAGUGAUGGUAAGGGACUAAAUAACUGGGAUGUAUUCACUCAUAAAACAGGAACAAUAUUGGAUGGAACUAAUGGGGAUGUUGCUGUUGAUCAUUACCAUCGUUAUCAGGAAGAUGUGGACCUAAUGGAACAUACUGGAGUCAACAGUUAUCGUUUUUCAUUAUCAUGGGCCAGAAUUCUACCAAAAGGUAGAUUUGGAAAGGUGAAUAGAGCUGGUAUCAAUUACUAUAACAGGCUAAUUGACGCACUUGUCGAUAAAGGAAUAGAACCUUUUGUCACAAUAACACAUUAUGACAUUCCUCAAGAACUUGAGGAGAGAUAUAAAAGUUGGCUAAGUCCUGAAAUUCAGGAAGAUUUUAGGUAUUAUGCAGAUAUAUGCUUCAAAUACUUUGGAGACAGAGUGAAAUAUUGGGUGACAUUUAAUGAACCCAAUGUUGCAGUUAUUUGUGGAUAUAGAACAGGUUUGUAUCCACCAUCUCGUUGCUCAGAUUCAUUUGGUAAUUGUAGCUAUGGGAAUUCUGAGAGAGAGCCUUUUAUUGCUGCCUCUAAUAUCAUCUUAUCACAUCUGGCUGCUGUUGAUGUGUACAGAGCCAAGUACCAGAAAAAUCAGGGAGGAAAAAUUGGAAUUGCUAUGAAUGCUAUAUGGUAUGAACCAUUUAGCAACUCUACGGAAGACAAGUUAGCUGCUGAGAGAGCUCAAUCAUUUUACAUGAAUUGGUUUUUGGACCCAAUAAUACUAGGAAAGUAUCCAGCAGAAAUGCAUGAAAUAUUAGGACCUGACCUCCUAGUAUUUUCCAAAUAUGAUAAAGAAAAAUUCAAGAAUGGAUUAGAUUUCAUUGGAAUAAAUCACUAUACAAGUUAUUAUGUAAAAGAUUGCAUCUUCUCUGCAUGUGAACAAGGAAAAGGGUCUUCAAAGACAGAGGGUUUUGCUCUCACAUCUGCACAAAUGAAUGACAAGAGUAUUGGAGAACCGACUGCGCUUGCAUGGUUUUAUGUUCACCCACAAGGAAUGGAAAAUAUAGUGACUUACAUAAAGGACAGGUACAACAACAUUCCAAUGUUCAUUACGGAAAAUGGAUUUGGGACGAGUGAGAGUUCUUACCCCACCACUGAAUAUGAAUUGAACGAUGUUAAAAGAGUGGAGUACUUGAGUAGUUACUUGGAUUCUCUAGCAACGGCAAUAAGAAAAGGAGCAGAUGUGAAAGGGUACUUUGUGUGGUCUAUUCUAGACAAUUUUGAGUGGAAUCAUGGAUACAGUAUAAGGUUUGGACUUCAUCAUGUGGACUUUGCCACUCUCAAUAGAACCCCAAGAGGGUCAGCAUUUUGGUACAAAAAUUUCAUUUCAGAGCACAAGAAUCUGGCAGGCAUUAGCUAUGCUCAAGUGUGAUGAACAAUGAAAGAUGGUUUUACUUUCAAAGAAGAAAAAAAUGUUUGGAUCCAAUACAAUAUAUGUGUUUGAUAAAAGAAAAGAUGAAAAUAAUCUUUCAGAUUUGUAUUUUAUAGAAUAUUGUGAUAAUUAAGUAAAUAUCUGUGUUUAUUUCAAAAAAGAACAGGUAAA